UCUCUAAACAUUGGCAGGGAGGAGAAGAAGCCCCUGUCGUCUUCUUGUGACCUCCACAUGUCAGUUUAACAGUUGUUGGCAAUGUUUCCAAGCCCCAGCACGUCCACUCCCUUCUCUGUGAAGGACAUAUUAAACCUGGAGAACAGUCAUGACCUCAUGUCUUCACUGGACCUGCAGUCUUCUCGCAUGGACUGCUGCUCUCAUGUGCCCUGCACCUCCUCCUGCAUGCUGGGGCGCCUCAAGCAGGAGCCUCUGCGGGACGCCUCGACGUCCGUGCAGUUGUUUGAUGAGGACCUCCACCAGGACCCCAAAUGUGGAAACUUUGCCCCUGCCAUUUAUGGGAAAGCCCUGGAGAUGAACGAUGUGAAGGAGGAAGGAUCACACAUGUUGGAGGAGAAACAUGCAAAAGAAGAAUUGAGUCAUCCGGGUCUGUCACUAGAAGCCAACAAGCCGGACGAUCCGAACCGCCCGAAGGCCCGAAGACGCCGGAAGCCACGGAUCCUGUUCUCCCAGGCGCAGGUGUACGAGCUGGAGCGCCGCUUCAAGCAGCAGCGAUACUUGUCAGCCCCGGAGAGAGACCACCUCGCCGGGCUCCUUAAACUCACCCCGACCCAGGUGAAGAUCUGGUUCCAAAACAGAAGGUACAAAUGCAAGCGGCAGAGGCAGGACCAGAGCUUGGAGAUGGUGUCCCUACCACAGCCCAGGAGGGUGUCGGUGCCGGUGCUGGUGCGGGACGGCAAGCCUUGCAUGUCGGCUGACACGAGCACCUGCAACCCGCCCUGCUGUAUGGCCCACGUCAACCAUUUCACUUAUAACAACUACGCGUCCUUUAGCGGCUAUACCAACACAGCCUGCAGCGCAAACUAUGCGUGUAAUUAUCCCGCAGCCACAAUGCAAACAUCAACAUCCAACAAUGGAAAUUACAUGAACUUUGGUGUGGGGGAUUUAAACAACAUGCAGCCUACCUUCCCUUCCUCAAACGCCGGCUCCUCGCUUCAUGGAAUUAGGACUUGGUAG